CCUAUCCCAUGUGAUAAACGUUAAUUGCGUGACGUAUGGGCGUCGGAACUUGUGUGGAUGAACAGGAAGUGGCUGUAAAAAAUGAUGGAUCCGAGCAAAACAGUGUGUGGUGAUAAUGCUAUGGUGGAAAAGGAAUCUGGGUGUAAUACCACCAGCAAAAUUCCUGAAUGGCUUCUGAAGAGAGAUAUGGAAAGGCAGCAAGAAAUAGAUAGAAAGAAACAGGAAAGAGAAAGCCAAGCGGUAAAAGAAGAAAAGAGCAGCUUUUUCAACUCAAAUUUUUAUACUGAAAAGUCGAGCAUAGACGCAAUGCUGCAGUCUUGUUGCAGCAUUCCAAAGGCCGAUCUCCCUAUGCAUUUUGAAGCUAUGACCGUUAAACUUCAGCAGUUACAAAAGUUUUUGAAUGAUAGUGUUAUGUUUUUACCUUCUUACGAUUUACGACAGGCCCAAGACGCCUUGCAAAAUCUGCAAGAUGCAAUGAUUGAGAAAAGAGAUGAGCUGAUGCCCAAGAAAAAGUUUGCCUUCAAAGUGCGUAAGAAAGAGGUUUCUGUCCCGAAAGAGAAGUCGGUGCUGGAAUGUAUAGAUGGACCAAAAGACAAGGCAAUGGCACCUACUAUGUCUGUUUGUGGAUUUUCUAAUGUAGCCUCCCAAAAUCUGGUAAAAUUCUCAGACGAUGUAAAUAGUAAAGAUGUCCUUCUCAGCAACUUGUCAGAUUGCACAGUGAAGCUGUUUGGUGCCCCAAGUACACUUCAUAUUAAAAACGUCAUAAAUUCUAAAAUUUUAUGUGGUCCUGUGGCCACGUCUGUAUUUGUGGAUGAAUGUAAGGAUUGCGUUUUUGUUCUUGCUUGCCAGCAACUCCGAACCCACAGUACCAAGGACACAUCUGUGUAUUUGCACGUAACAAGCAGAGCAAUUAUAGAGGACUGUAGUGACAUUCGGUUUGCACCUUAUAGCUGGUGGUAUGAAGGACUCGAGAAAGACUUUGCAACCGCUGGCUUGCAACGAAACACAAAUAACUGGAACUGUGUGGAUGAUUUCAACUGGCUUUCACUAGAGGCACACUCUCCUAACUGGAGUGUCAUCCCUGAUGUGGAAAGGAUAAAGGCGUGGGAUUCGUAGCCUUCGUGCUAUCGGUAUCAUUCCAGGCAGUGCUCUUUUUGAGGGCUAGGUUGGCAGUGUUCGCAAUGAACGAUACCGAUGCUUUGGUGAAGCUCGGACCUUUGCAGCACUUUUGAAACACGGGGUGUGACUUAACAGAUGUUGAAUAUGCCAUCGUUUUAAACUGUUUGCUGGUGUGUUAGUCAUGUUUAUAUUCGGUACACCUCUUCGCCACUGUAAUUGUAUAAAGUGAUAGUAAUGCAUUGUAAUAAACGAAGGAAAGCACGUAUAAUGGG